AUGUCCCUUGUCCCCCAUCCCACAGCCUUUGCUCGGUACCACAUGCUGCGCCCUCUGGACACAUCGGGAUGCGAUUAUCCAUCAGAUGGCACAGGCGGUAGCAUUCUAGCAAGCUUAAUCUUUGAUUCAUCUUCUCUGCCUCUAUUCACCAACCAUGACAGCGGCACUGAGCUACUGCACUACGACACAUCUGGCCCUGCAGCGUGUUCCGACAUUGCCUGCAUGGCGUAUCCCGGCACGCACGCCAUCCCGGACCGUCUACGGCGCGCUGGUUGUUGGCGCUCCCUUCCAAGCACAGUUGGCUCAAUGUCAAAUCAUUGGUUGGCCAGGAGAGACAAGGUGGUUGGCAUCUUUGGUUAUUUGCGCCAUCAGCAACAGCUCUGUCUCAGCGCCAAGUAA